GGGUUGAGCUAAGCUAGCUCGCUGCGUCGAAAUGCUUUGUGGGUAGACAAGACCCAGACUCACCCUAGAGAUGCAAAUGGAAUACGCAUGCACAUAGCUUCUGCGGGAGGAUGCCGAAUGGUUAUAUUUUUUACGCAAUCAUGAGCUCAGGUAAACGGGAAUUCAGAUGUAGCUUUCACGGUGGAUCCAGACAAAAGUUAACCGUGGCCGCCGACUAUGAAGGACGGGCCGGAGGUAGCAGAAGGAGUGAAGACCGCCAGCAGCGCCACCAACGGCGGAAUCGACAAGUGCGAUAUGAGAUCUCUGGACGAACAGAGUCACCGUAACGGUGUGGCCGAGGUGGCCGUGGACAUCAAUGCCCUUCCAGUGGGCGGCACGCUCAUUACCGAUGCCGCCACCACUAAUGGAGACAGCGACAAGUCCGGCAAGAACGGCCUAGUCAAGAAUGGAAGCAAGAAAUUCUACUGCAGCAUCUGCAACCGCGAGUUCGGUUACAAGCACGUGCUCCAGAACCAUGAGAGAACACAUACAGGCGAGAAGCCUUUUGAAUGUCCAGAGUGCCACAAAAGAUUUACGAGGGACCAUCACUUGAAGACGCAUAUGCGUCUCCAUACUGGAGAGAAGCCUUACCAGUGCUCACACUGUGAUCGCCACUUUGUCCAAGUGGCCAACCUCCGGCGACAUCUCCGGGUGCACACUGGCGAGCGACCCUACGCUUGCGAAAGGUGCGACUCGAGGUUUUCCGACAGUAAUCAGCUGAAGGCCCACAUGCUCAUUCAUAGGGGAGAGAAACCUUACCAGUGUCCGGAUUGCAAAGGAAGAUACCGCCGGCGACAUCAUCUGAACCAUCACAAAUGCCCCAAAAACGAGUCCAACUUGGGAAAGCCGAGAAGGGGCAGGCGUCCGAAAGCUUAUGAGGAAACACCGUCGGAUCACGACGAUAACGAAGAUCACGACGAAGAGCUUCUGCAUCUGUCGGACAAUGAAGAAAACAUUGCAGACCACCAUAAUUCAUCUUCAGAAACGGAACAACCAUCACCGGAAGCUGUGCAUCCGAUUAACUCCGUUGUGCAUAAUAAUAACAAUAACAGCCAUCAUUACAAUAAUGGGGAGCUCACGAAUCACAAUCCUCUCAUGGUGAUGAGUAACGGUGUGAUCACCAAUGGUAACAGACGGAAACCUAGUAGAACCAUUAGUAUUCUCACCCCGCAACAGAAAGAACUCUUUCUCAGAGACAAACGGUCCAUGCAAACGCAGGCAAUCGAUAUGAGCUUGUCACCGUCCAACGUGGAUGUUAAACCAGUUACCGUUAUCGUUCCGAAUCGCUUUCUGUCAUCCGUGGAAGGUGUACUGGACCUUUCCAGUUCUAGGAGCGAUUCUGAAGUAGAUGCCAUCGAGGAAGAUGCUCACCAUGAAGAAGACUAUGAUUACCAUGUGAAUAAUUACCACAGGAGACCUCUGUCUCAGAGGAUUGCGAACCAGAGAAGUAAACUAUUGGGCAUUGCUACAAUGAUACAGCCCAUAAAUGGAACGAAUAAGACCGUAGUACAUCAUAGCGACGAUUCUAGAGAAUCUAACCCCCCACGCCUGAAUGGUGUGAAACAUUUAAGUGAAGAUGAUAGCAGCAUGGUCAUUCCUCUGACGGCUAAGAAAGCACACAUAGCGACUGCGUGAGAAUGCCAUUAGGUGAUAUUUGGUAGAUGUUCCUGGACCACGUCGAGACGUGGACAUUUUUCGCUCCACCACCUGUGUGGGACUAAGACUUGAACAUUUUUAAAAACAAUGCAUUUUUUUCGUGUGAUGAGAAAAAAAAAAUGACACUUGCAAAAUCUUAUGUGAUUUUCAGUUGUAAAAUCAUAAGCCGCUGUCGUUGACAUCAGCUGUAGUGAGAGCAUAUUCCCUUCUUAGCUUAGUAGGUUUUGUUAACCCUGAAAUCAAAAGCACGAUACAGAAUCAAAUGUGUUGAAGCGAACCGAAAGUAAACGUUUUAUUCAUUAAGGAGCAGGUAUAGUAAGAAUUUCUGAGAAUAGAAAUCGACAUUUCUGUCUCUUGAACCAUUCCUCUAUCAUGCAAUCUGAGAUUCAUCCUUUUAAAGUUAUGGUUCCUUAUAUAAAAGUUUAUAUGAAUUUUUGUGCAAUGUAUUGCUGGGGUUAAUUUGAGAUUUAAUACUUUGGAAAAUAUAAAGUUUGUUUCAGCGGGAUAGUAAAAAGAUGCACCUUUACUCAGAUUCAAAAAGGUUGGAAAUGAUACCUAAAGAAUAUGGGAUGUUUUUUUAACUGAAUUUUAAUGAGUUAUUAAUUAUAAAACUUUAAAUGUUUAAAUAAAAAGAUUUAAAAAAAAAUUACGAAUUUUGUUUACAAUCGCGCUCUAAUUUGAAAGUACCUUUUGGAUUAGUUUGUUAUUGUAAUACACUUUUUGUGAGAUGUCUUCAAUGAAAUAAUUUUAAA